AACGUUAUCAGUUACCAGUAUUGCCAGUUAGAUAUUGACUUGGUUGAACCAAGGACGUUUGUAAAGUAGUUGUCCUAAACUUGCUGGUGGUGGAAAAAGCCAUAAAGCUAUUCUGAUAGUUACACAACUAUAUCAUGGCUCUCAGGCUAUCUGGGCGACGUCUAAUGUCCAUGACUUGGCAGUGCUUCUUCAACUUCAAGCACCAUGCUGCAGCACCAUCUAUCAGCUCGGCACAUUACUGCACCUCCAGCUCUGACGACAAGGCUGUCAGCAGGUUCCCAAUCCCUGAUAAAUCAACGCUACCUCAAGACAUGCAGGACCUGAUGGCCGAAGUAGAGGAAAAGUCAGGGUUCCUUCCCAACGUCUUUAAGGCUCUAUCUCAUCGUCCGGAGGAGUUCCGAGCUUUCUUCAAGUACUAUGAUGCCUUGAUGGCGAAGGAAACGGGCAACCUGACGAAGGCUGACCGAGAGAUGAUCGUGGUGGCAACGAGUGCCACAAACAACUGUAUGUACUGUGUGGUCGCACAUGGGGCACUGCUGAGGAUCUACUCCAAAAAACCUCUCCUUGCUGACCAGGUUGCAACAAACUGGCAUUUAGCAGACCUUGAUGACAGACAGAAGGCCAUUCUGGAGUUUGCCACCGCUGUGGGAGCCUCGGAAACCAUCACAGAGGAGCACUUCCACAAGCUGGAACAGCACGGCCUGGACCGAGAGGACGCGUGGGACAUCGGUGCGAUCGCUGCGCUGUUUGCCCUGUCCAACAGGAUGGCUCACCUGACCAACAUGAGGGCAAAUGAGGAGUUCUACUUGAUGGGCAGGAUUCCCAGGGAAAAGAAGGCGCCAACUUGAUCUUUUCCUUGAUAUCUUCAUUUUUGUGCAGUAGUUUUAUGGUGACCUUUCCACAUGGAAUACAUGAACUGCAAAUUGAAAACACCAUGAAAACCAUCUAAUGCAAAAUCUAGUCCCUGCAGAAAAAAAUAGAACAGAACUUUU